AUGGAGAAGGAUUCUUGGAAGACCACUCUGCUCUUAGCUUAUCAAAGUCUUGGUGUGGUAUAUGGCGACCUCAGCAUUUCCCCUCUCUAUGUUUACAAGAGCACAUUUGCAGAAGACAUUCAUCACUCAGACACGAACGAAGAGAUUUUUGGUGUUCUUUCCUUUGUCUUCUGGACUCUAACUUUAGUUCCUCUCUUCAAAUACGUCUUCAUUGUCCUUAGAGCUGAUGACAAUGGAGAAGGUGGUAUUUGUGCCCUGUAUUCCUUGAUAUGCAGGCAUGCUAAAGUGUGUCUUCUACCCAACCGUCAAGUUACUGAUGAAGCAAUGUCUACAUAUAAACUGGAGCACCCUCCACAGAGAGAGAAUAGUUCAAGGGUGAAAUUAUUGCUUGAGAAGCACAAGUCCCUGCACACUGCAUUGCUGAUCUUGGUUCUUCUGGGUGCUUGCAUGGUAAUUGGGGAUGGACUGCUCACUCCAGCCAUAUGUGUUUUUUCUGCAGUUUCUGGCCUUGAGUUUUCCGUGUCUAAGGAACAUCACCAGUAUGCUGUGAUUCCAAUUACUUGCUUCAUAUUGGUGUGCCUAUUUGCACUACAACACUAUGGCACUCAUCGGAUUGGCUUCUUUUUCGCACCAGUUGUGUUGACUUGGCUACUAUGCAUCAGUGCCCUCGGCUUGUACAAUAUAUUUCGUUGGAACCCACAAGUUUAUAGAGCUUUCUCUCCAUAUUACAUGUUAAAGUUCUUAAAAAAGACAAGAAAAAGAGGAUGGAUGUCUUUAGGUGGAAUUUUAUUGUGCAUAACAGGCUCAGAAGCAAUGUUUAAUGAACUUGGACACUUUUCUUAUACUGCAAUUCAGAUUGCUUUCACCUUCCUGGUUUAUCCAGCACUAAUAUUGAUAUAUAUGGGUCAAACAGCUUACUUAUCGAAGCAUCACGGCACCCGUUAUGAAAUUGGUUUUUAUGUCUCAGUGCCAGAGUAUGUAAGGUGGCCAGUGCUUGCAAUAGCCAUCCUUGCUUCCGUUGUGGGAAGUCAAGCAAUCAUCAGCGGGACAUUCUCGAUCAUCAACCAGAGUCAAUCACUUGCUUGCUUUCCGAGAGUGAAGGUUGUUCACACCUCUGAUAAGAUACAUGGCCAGAUCUAUAUCCCUGAGAUCAACUGGAUGCUCAUGAUCCUCUGCAUUGCUGUGACUAUUGGGUUCAGAGACAUAAAACACAUGGGAAAUGCAUCAGGAUUGGCGGUGAUGGUGGUAAUGUUAGUGACCACUUGCCUCACAUCCUUGGUCAUUAUCCUCUGCUGGCAUAAACAUCCUAUUUUAGCUCUUUCCUUCCUAUUUUUAUUUGGAUCUAUUGAACUACUGUACUUUUCAGCUUCCCUGACCAAGUUCCAUGAAGGUGCCUGGCUUCCCAUCCUCCUUGCACUUUUCCUUGUUACUGUCAUGUUUGUUUGGCACUAUGCCACCAUUAAAAAGUAUGAAAAUGACCUUCACAACAAAGUUCCAUUGGAAUGGCUGUUAGCCUUGGGUCCAAGCUUGGGUGUUGAUCGAGUACCUGGAAUUGGCCUAGUGUUUACUAAUAUAACCUCUGGCAUUCCUGCAAGCUUCUUGCAUUUUGUUACCAACCUCCCUGCCUUCCACCGUGUUCUUGUUUUUGUAUGUGUGAAGUCGGUACCAGUCCCUUUUGUGCCUCCAGCUGAGCGGUACCUUGUAGGCCGUGUGGGUCCUGCAGCUCAUCGGUCGUACAGGUGCAUUGUUCGUUAUGGAUACCGCAAUGUUCACCAGGAUGUUGAUUCUUUUGAGUCUGAACUUGUUAAGAGGCUGGUUGAUUUUAUCCGUUAUGAUUGGGGCUGGACACAUGGGAUUUCUAACACAUGUAAUGAAGAUGAUGGAUCUCAUUCUGGUGGAUCAUCAAGUGAGUGCAGAUUGGCUGUGAUAGGAACUGUAGGAUUUGCUGGCAGACCUGCGUUUGAGAAUGAGGAAACCAUGCAACCACGAAGUGUAACUGUUGGGUUCCCAACAGUUGACAGUAUAGCUGAUGUUACUGAGAUGGCGCCCCUUGGUGUUGUGGAAAGAAGAGUGAGGUUUGCUGUUGAUAACGAAUCUGAAGCUGAUUCUCAGUCUGAAAUUGAUGUGCAAUUGCGGGAAGAGCUAGAAGAUCUGUAUGGGGCUCAACAGGCGGGGACUGCGUUCAUUCUUGGGCAUUCACAUGUUAAAGCAAAACAAGGAUCAUCUUUCUUGAAGAAGUUGGCAAUCAACUUUGGUUAUAAUUUCCUGAGGAGAAAUUGCAGGGGACCAGAUGUAGUACUCAAGGUGCCUCCAGCGUCUCUCCUCGAGGUUGGCAUGGUUUAUGUUAUUUGA